AUGCCUUCAAGUAUACCAGGCAAAGCCUCUCCACUCCCCUCGACUCAGUCGAGGGCUCAGAGUGUUGAUGCCCGCACCUCUGGACAUGGAGUCCAAAGUGCAAGGUCUCGAGACAACACCCCUGUCUCUGGAGACAAAGGGACUGGCAGCCCAGUGGCAGAGCCUCCCUCUGGAAUCGGUCAUGGUGACCUGAAUCCCGUGGACUUAGAUCCACCAAUGGCAUCGAACGCUGCAAGCAGCCCCGCCCCUAGUAGUACUCCGAAUAAAGAUAAUGUCCUCCGCUUAAGGGAAGUUUUUGACUGGUCAGACUCCUAUGACAAUGAUGACCUAGGAGAUGUACCUGAGUACCCAGUACUAAAACCAACCCCAAGCCCGACCGAAACUAGCCCUAAGCUGAGUAAAGCCCCCUUAGAUAAGGGAAAGAGUGUGGACCCACUAGAAAAAGGGGGUCCCCCUAAGAAAGAACUUUUCAAGGACUGGUUAGGUGAUUGGACCACAUUUGAUGAAAACAUGGCUGAAUUGAACCGCCCCGCACCUGAUGACUCAGACGAGUCCCUUGUUAAAAUAGAGGAGUUUGCAGACAAAUGCAACAAGGUGGAUAACCUCCAAGAGAGGGUACAUGAGCUAGAGAGGUUUGUUAUCCAAGCCCAGACUCGCGAGGAGAUGGUGCAAAAAUUAGUAAAUGACACAUUCCGUGCCCCGAUUCCCACCAACCCGGAAUCGACUCACCAAACCCAAGCACCUGAUUCCCCCGCCCUGACUUAUAAAGAGGAUGAGAUUGGUGAGGAGGUAGCCCCAGUAAAAGACAGUGACCCACCAAGCAUAACCAGACCUAGGAGCAGCGAAGUGGCAAAGAGUGAUACUAGGUAUUGGAGAGCUUCCUCCCUACUGCCAAAUAAGAGUUCCGUUAAGCAUGCAAUGAUGGGAAGUGACCUGAGCAACCCUGACUCGUCUGAUUCUUCGUCAGAGUCAGACAAUGACAGCGAAGUGUCGUCCACUGAAUCCUCAGCAGAGGAUACCAAAAAUAAGGCUACCAAAGGGAGGAAUGCCCCCACGCCGUCCCUGAAAGAUUGCCCUUGA